AAGGGGCUCCCGGGGGUGGCGCCGGCCCGGCGGGGUUCUGUCCUGCGGAGGUCGUGGCUUGGGUCGCCUGCGGGUCCCACGGGCCCCAUGUGACUGUUGGUGGUCUGACUCGGUGCUUUAGCCGACAGCUCUGUGUACGUGGCAUCCAUGAUUGGUGUGUCGCCUGGCACCGUGUUGGCUUCGUUUUCCUUUUAGUAUCAGCUCACCCUUACUCCCCUGGGUAGGAGAGGAAGAUGCUUUGUUGUGGGGGAGAGAAGCAGAGGGAGGACGGCGGUGGACUGCUCUGAGUCUCUCCGCCAGGGCUGUGCUCUGCGGUGCCCAGGCAGAGGCAGGCUGGUGAUGCGGCCCUGAGGCACGGCCGGAGUUUUCCCAUAUGGCCCUUCCCAGCUGACAAAUGCUCGGGGAUCUGAGGAGCAAGUGCACAAACGACACCAAGAUGUUCCUGUUAAACAUUUCCGUCCAGACGAGUACGCAGAUUCUGUGCCUAAAAUACUCCUGCCCUUCCCUUGUCAUGUGCAGCUUGAAACUAUUGCAGAUAAUAGUGUCCUGGGAAAAUCCUUUUGGAAUUAAUCAAGAGUGGUGGCAGCUGAUAUAUUGUUCUCUUGUCCUCUCCUGAAAGCUGUGACUUGGCUCAGCUCUUCCCUCAAGCUCCACUGGUGCUUCUGGGAAGUGCUGUGCUCCUCACUUAAGGAGAAAGAUACGGUUUAAUAAUUUGUUUGCAUUAAUGGUCUGUGAGCUAAGACUCUCAGGGGGGUGUGAAGGUGCUGUUGAGGAAAUGGCAAGUGAGUGAGAUAGCAUGAUAUUCUCGUAACAGUUUCAUUUGCCUUUUGUUUUCAUUGAAAGCCGUCUGUCUCUUGCCCAUGUUUGUUUUUGUUGAAGCAGUGUCCUCUAGGCCAAGAAGCGACUCCUCCUGCUGAAGAGAGGAACACAGAGCCCUGUUCCUCUCAGCUGGCUGUGCUGCAGCACUUUGCUGAACUCCAGGUAGCCCCUCUGCCCCUUCCUGGAGUCUCUGUGGACGGACCAUGGAAGAAACUGAGGAGGAAAAAAAGGACGAGGCUGAUUAUAAAAGGCUUCACAGUUUUCCUCUGAUUAGGCUGCUGUGAGAACAUGAGUACUGCUGGUCCUGUGGAGAGAUGCUGGUUGUCACUGCUGCUUUCUCCUUGUCCUUGACCUCUCCUGGGGAAAUCUAAUAGCUCUGGUGUUCCCUAUGACAGCCAGAGGAAGCCUGGGGCAAAGUGAUCCAUCAAACAGAUUGAGAGCACGCUGCCUUUGGAGCCCUCUCUUGUGUUUUGGAUGCAGCUUGCUUUUUGUCCUGGAGAAGCUGGAGCAAAAGAUCUUGCUGGCCAGCCAGAUAGCGGCAGCAGAAGAAAAGGCUGUCACUCGGACAUGCCGGAGGAGAUGCGCGUGGAGACCAUGGAGCUGUGCGUCACGGCCUGUGAGAAGCACGCCACCAACAACGAGAGCGCUGCCAAGAUGAUCAAAGAGACGAUGGACAAGAGAUUUGGGUCCUCCUGGCAUGUGGUGAUUGGGGAAGGCUUUGGCUUUGAGAUCACUCAUGAGGUGAAGAACCUGCUGUACAUGUUCUUUGGUGGCAGCCUGGCCGUGUGUGUCUGGAAGUGCUCCUGACCCCUGGCUGGGUCCCAGACUUGCUGAAUACAAGAGAUUUCUUCCUGCUUUUGACAAGUUUUGUAUGAUCUGGAGGUGGGGCUUUAUUUUUAAUACUUAAAUGUCAAGAUUUCUUUUUUUCAUACUGAUGUAACAGUUCUGUGGGAUACAUAAAGUUGGUGUGUGUGUGUGUGUAUAAAUUUGCUAAACUGUCCUGUCCUUGCUUGUGGGAUUUCUCAUCUCUCUGUGGCUCUUUCCUUGGUGUUUGAGCUGGAGCAGGAGGGAAGUGAGGAAUAGGUAAUCUCACAACACACUGCACAGCAGUGCCAGCAGGGGAGAGUGAAAGCAAAAAGGUGCCAUCUAGCCCUAUGGUUUUUCUUAACUCCCCUUUAUUCCACAUAGUUUUCCUCUCUCCUCUGCUUUCUCUGCUACCAUGCAGUAUGGCUCUGACCAGCACCUGUCUUUCCUCUCUCUGAAUGCUGCUUAUACGUUCUUCCUUUCUUCUAAGAUGUCUGUGCAGACCUGACAGCACCAAGGGUCUCCCUUCAGGCUGUCUGUGGAGGUGUGAGCCACAGGGAAGCAGUCCCAGCUUGCCCUUCCCUGCUGUUUUGGGAGGGUACAACAGCUGAGCUGCCUGGGUGUAGGAGGUUGCUAUGCAAACUGCCCCCUCCUUUCUCACCCACAGCACACUGAGACAGCAUGAAAACACAGGCGGCUGACGAUGCCUAGGGAGUGGGUGAGAGCUCUUUUUAAGGCUCAAAUGCCUCCCUGUCAGUUCCUGGGGGUGUUGCAAGUGCUGUGUACUUUCAGCAUCUUGUUUGGAGGCUGACAGAGAAAGGAGGCUCCAUGUGAAAUAUAACUUGGUCAUCAGAAACCUAAUGUCUUUCUGGACUUGCAUUCUUUUAGCCUGUUUCAUUUUUUAAAGCUGUUGCUGUUGGAGGAUCGAAUGAGCGUAACUAUGUUACAUGUAUGGCUUAUUUAUAAAACCUGGGGAACUGUGUUUUUACAAUAAAAGUUUCGUAAAAUGU